CGAAAAAUUCAAUAUCGUACUACCUAUAUUUACUAGGACCAUCCGCAAUCUCCAUCAGACCUGUGAUCUCCGCAGGGGCAGUUCGGGACCAAUUCCUUGGGCAAAUGGGACUCAAUUAAAAACAGCACUAAUGGCAUCCGAAAGAUUCAUCGACGGAAUGGAUAAUUGCUUUAAAGGGAAGCUUCAUUGUAUUGAAGGAGCGGACUGUGCGCGGAGUUGAGAGGUAUAAUAUUUUGCAACAUUUGGGUGAUAGGAAAUUGCCCAGAAUACGCUACUUUCAAUGCUUUAAGCCUAUCAAAAGGUUUCCGAUCCCUCACCACGUGCCCGGGACCUGAACCGUGGAAAAUAGCUGCAGCCAUCUAAAGAGAGAUACGACACCCUACGCAAGCGGACAUGGAUGAGGCAUCAAAAUCAGAGGAAAAUAUGGACCCUGGGUGGUCACAAUCGUCAGAGAAUUGAGAGUAUCUUUCAGAGAGAUCUGAGGUUAAGCGGAGCCAUCAGCCGAGCUAAAAAGCUGUGUAAUCUGCACACAUAUGAGGAGAUUUGCAGAAGAGGAUAGAGGCCAAAUUCGCUCCUCCAGUUUCACAUGACCAUACACGGAGAUUUCACUGAGAAUAAUUAAUUGACGGCGUUUACACAGUCAACUACGUACUGUUGGGGACGUAAUCGUCUUUGCAGCUGCGGAGACAUAAUUAUGCAUCAUUUCUUGGAGGAUCGCGGUGCUGGGGAAACUGUUACGAAUACUUACGAUUCAGGGGGUAUCUGGUAUAAAGGAAGGGUGUUUUCCCUUGUGAUCAAACAGCAGGUCAAUCAAGACUUGACAUAUUUUUACUUGCUUUGCAAACUUAUUUAUUUCUCUUCCCUCGCCUCCCUAAUUAUCCAAAACUGCUUCAGGGUGGAGAUAGCCUGCUUCUCUUUCUCUCCAGACGGAUCUGCCGCAGCACACUGCAAAGACUUUUUUCUCUUCCCUAUAAUCACAGGUUGGCUAAAGGCAGCGACACAAACACCCUACAACUCCAUUUCAGAAUUUAAAUUAUACUAACACUCAAGCCUCCACUAGGAGUCAGAUACGAUUAACAAGCGAAUAGCUGGAAACACCAUAAUGGCAUCGCCGGCACCCCAGAAACGAAAGGAACGCCGGCCGGUCGAAGAUGGAGAAUUAGUAAAGCGUCAGAAACAGAACAACUCUCGCGAGCCACCCAAGGACAUCUCCCUGCAGGACAUUGGCGGCAGAGAAGAGGUUGUCGACGAUCUUUUGAAGUUUAUGACUAUGCCUCUAACCCACCCAGAGGUUUACCUUCAUACUGGAGUGGACUUGCCUCACGGUGUACUUCUCCAUGGACCACCUGGCUGCGGAAAAACUAUGCUAGCAAAUGCUAUUGCCAGAGAGGUUGGGCUACCAUUUAUUGCCUUUUCCGCACCCUCAAUCGUAUCAGGAAUAUCGGGAGAAUCGGAAAUGAAGCUAAGGAAACUUUUUGAGGAAGCACGGGAAAUAGCCCCUUGCUUAAUGUUUAUGGGUGAAAUAGACGCUAUAACACAGAAGAGGGACAACACCCAGCGGGAUAUGGAGAGAAGAAUUGUUGCCCAGGUGUUGACCUGUAUGGACGAUCUCGCAUUGGAGAAGACUGGUGGGAAACCUGUCAUGAUCAUUGGAGCAACAAACCGACCCGACAGCCUAGAUCCAGCAUUGAGAAGAGCUGGAAGAUUUGAUAAGGAAAUUUACCUUGGUGUGCCAGAUGAAGUUGGAAGAGAGAAGAUCUUGAGGAUACUAUGUGAGAAGUUGAGGUUAAUAGGGGAUUUUGACUUCAAAAAAUUGGCCAAAAAAACUGCCGGGUUCGUUGGAGCUGAUCUAAGUGCUUUGGCCAGAGAGGCCGGCAUGGUAGCAAUGAGACGAAUCUACGAAAUCCUUGGAAAUCCAUCGGCGGCUACUGACCCUUUGGAGCAACUGGAUCCGCUCUAUAUAACGUUCCCAGAUUUUUUAACCGCCCUUACGAAAACCCAAUCUUUAGCUAAGAGAGAGGGUCUUGCAACGGUCCCUGAUGUUACCUGGGCAGAUGUUGGGGCUCUGGAGUCACAUAAGGCUGAAUUGCAGAUGGCCAUUGUGCUGCCAAUCAAGAAGCCGGAACUUUUUGCUAGUGUGGGGCUCACUGCGCCGUCCGGAGUACUUCUUUGGGGCCCUCCAGGGUGUGGUAAGACCUUGCUGGCAAAGGCCAUUGCAAAUGAGAGUGGGGCAAAUUUCAUAAACAUCCGGGGUCCGGAAUUUAUUAAUAAGCACUUCGGAGAACUAGAGUGGGCUGUCCGUCAUGUUUUCUCACUCGCCCGAGCUUCCAUUCCAUGUGUUAUCUUUUUUGAUGAGUUGGGCGCCCUGGCUCCCCGCCACGAUGAUAGUUCCUCAGAACCCUCUUCUCGUCCAGUCGAUACUCUUCUAACUGAAUUGGAUGGCCUCAAUGAUUGCAAGGGAAUCUAUAUCGUUGCGGCAACUAAUAAACCAGACUUCAUUGAUCCAGUAAUACUCAAACCAGGAAGGUUAGAUAAGCUUUGGUUUGUGGACCUUCCAAAUGCCGAGGGAAGAUUAGAGAUCCUGAAAAUUCUCACGAAAAAGAUACCCCUCUUUAACGUCGAUUUAAGAGCUAUUGCAGAGAGUGACAGGUGUGAAAAUUUUAGCGGCGCUGAUCUGGCGGUGCUGGUAAGGGAGGCCGCGAGUCUGGCUAUUCAGAAGGCUAGCUUGGUAGAUAUCGUUGAAGUUGAGGAAGCGGGGGUGUCGGCGACCUCUGUUCCAAUUUGAGGGGGGCAUUUCAGGAAGGCGUUCGGAGACGCCGGUCCCUUGGCAUCGGAGAAGAGUGAAGAGCGGCACAAUAGAUUAGAUGUUCCUCCCAUGCGGUUUUUUAAUAAUAUACCGGUAUGGUGCUAGCACCUUAGAACCGUCCCCCAGUG